GAGAGGUGACGAUUCAGGAACAAAUUCUGGAAGCACUGUAUCCUUUGAUGCGUACUUUUUCUGUGCAAUCUGGAAACUUUUUGGGCUAGAGAACUGUUCUAAAAAGUGAAAGAACCUGACAGAGAGGAUGGCCAUGUGCUGUUGUAGCACAUUAGCCUUGGAAAGGAGCCGAGUGCUUGCUACUUCUAAGACAGGGAUUUAGGAGAUAAGAAUGAGAUGAUUCUGAAAAAUGUUGAAAUUGGAACAACUUAAGUUCAGUGAAUAAUCUGUUGGUUUUUCGCUUUUCAGUAAACACGAGGAGAAAUUAUUUGGAGAGGGGUGCAUUGUGGGAUUUAUGGCUUGAGAACAGAAAAGAUUUGGAGAAAUCCCUUAAAGGAAUCAGAGAUGAGCACAACAUUUUUCAGGCAGUAUUGGAAGAUAGACUGUAAUUUGAUAGUGUGAAUGUGUAUCAAAACCAUCAUUAAAUGACUUUUGCUAGUAAUUGUCAUGCCUUUGGGAAUGGAAACAAACAAAAGACUGAGACUUGGCUGAAUUGGGCUCUAAUGAACACACAGUACAUCAGGUUUCAGAGUAGGGUGAGCUGGGUGAAGAAUUUUUUUGGUAUAAAUAAGAGUACAAUUGAAAUGACUAACCUUACGGUUAUCUAGUGGAUAGGGAGACAAGUACUACUUAAAGGAAGUUGAUAAACCAGGAAAACAAUGAGUUACUAAGUAACUAGUGGUCACAGAAGAAGAAAUUAGAGAUUGAGUGAGCAAGUAGGGCAGUUGAAAGGUUAGAAGAUUGUGGCCAGUGGAGGGAAUUUCGGAGUUGAGGAUUUUAGAAGCAGAGAAUAUACAUUCUGGGUAAAGAUGAGAAUCAAGCUCUGGCCAUGCUGCUGAGAAGCUAAAAGGAAGUAGAAGUAAAGCCUGUGGGAGCCGAGAUUCACUGUGAAGCUGAACAGAAGGUCAAUGUGACUACUGAGCAGAAAAAUCAUUAACGACGAUGUUGAAUCUACUGAGGAGACACAAAGUGCCCAAAGAGCUGUUAAGUCGCACAUCUCUUGAGACCCAGAAGCUUGAUCUGAUGACUGAAGUGUCUGAGCUGAAGCUCAAGCUGGUUGGCAUGGAGAAGGAGCAAAGAGAGCAAGAGGAAAAGCAGAGAAAAGCAGAGUCAGUUCUGAAUGUGAUCAGUGAGCUGCAGGAGCAGAUGUGUAGGCUGCAGAUGGACAUCCACAGGCAGAUCCAAGAGCGCCUCUUACUCAGUAGGGACCACUCUGAGGAGGUGGCGGCCAGCAGCUGUAUGGCUGAGCCCCAGCCCUGCUGCCGGAACUGUGCCCCUUGGGAGGGUUCACCUGAAUUACUACAAGAGCUCAAGCAUCUCAAAAUCAAAGUGGAAGAGCUGGAAAAUGAACGGAAUCAAUAUGAAUGGAAGCUGAAGGCCACUAAGGCCGAGGUGGCCCAGCUACAAGAGCAAGUGGCUCUGAAAGAUGCAGAAAUUGAGCGUCUGCAUAGCCAGCUCUCCCGGACCACAGCUCUUCACAGUGACCAUGCAGAGAGAGAUCAAGAAAUUCAACGUCUGAAGAUGGGGAUGGAAACACUGCUUGUUGCCAAUGAAGAUAAGGACCGUCGGAUAGAGGAGCUCACAGGGCUCUUGAACCAGUACCGAAGGGUGAAGGAGAUUGUGAUGGCAACUCAAGGGCCUUCAGAGAGAACUCUCUCCAUCAAUGAAGAAGAACUGGAGGGAAGUUUUAAAAAAUGGAACACUGUAAAUAAAGGCACUGAAGAAUUUAAACAAGAGAUGCCUCCAAGAUGCAGCUCUCCCACAGUGGGGCCACCUCCUUUGCCACAGAAAUCACUGGAAAGCAGGGUUCAGAAAAAACUCUCCUGUAGUCUAGAAGAUUUAAGAAGUGAAUCUGUGGAUAAGUGUGUCAAUGGGAAGCAGCUUUCUUUGGCAGUAGAACCCAAGGACAGCUCUUUCCUGGUGGAACAGAAAUAUCCUACAUUACCUGGGAAGCUUUCGGGAGCCACACCCAAUGGAGAAGCUGCCAAAUCUACUUCUGCCACCUCCCAGCCUGACCCUGUAGGAAGCAACCUGCUAAGAUUGAAUCGUGGCCGGAGUGUCAGUGCUCCUGUAUUAGGUACUGUACCCGUACCAGGAGACACAGAAAGCAGUUGGGAUAAUGCUGCCAUGGCCAACGAACUCUCUUCCAACUCAUCGGGUGCUGAAUCAAGCCCCCAGUCCCCCCUGACACCAGAUGGUAAACGGAGCCCCAAGGGAAUCAAGAAAUUCUGGGGAAAAAUCCGAAGAACUCAGUCAGGAAAUUUCAACACUGAUGCACCAGGGAUGGCAGAGUUUCGACGAGGUGGGCUUCGGGCAACUGCAGGACCAAGACUCUCUAGGACCAGAGAUUCUAAGGGACAGAAAAGUGAUGCCAAUGCCCCCUUUGCCCAGUGGAGCACAGAGCGUGUAUGUUCAUGGCUUGAGGACUUCGGCCUGGCUCAGUACGUGAUCUUUGCCAGGCAAUGGGUAACAUCUGGCCACACUUUACUGACAGCUACCCCUCAGGACAUGGAAAAGGAAUUAGGAAUUAAGCACCCUCUUCAUAGAAAGAAACUUGUUUUAGCAGUGAAAGCCAUCAACACCAAGCAGGAAGAGAAGUCUGCGCUGCUGGAUCACAUUUGGGUAACACGGUGGCUUGAUGAUAUUGGCUUACCCCAAUAUAAAGACCAGUUUCAUGAGUCCAGAGUUGAUGGACGAAUGCUGCAAUACCUAACUGUGAAUGAUUUACUCUUCUUAAAAGUCACCAGCCAGCUACAUCAUCUCAGCAUCAAAUGUGCCAUUCAUGUGCUGCAUGUCAACAAGUUCAACCCCCACUGCCUGCAUCGGCGCCCAGCUGAUGAGAGUAACCUUUCUCCUUCAGAAGUUGUGCAAUGGUCCAACCACAGGGUGAUGGAAUGGUUGCGAUCUGUGGACCUGGCAGAGUAUGCACCCAACCUUCGAGGGAGUGGCGUCCAUGGAGGUCUUAUUAUCCUGGAACCACGCUUCACUGGGGAUACCCUGGCCAUGCUUCUCAAUAUCCCACCACAGAAGACGCUCCUCAGGCGCCACCUGACCACGAAAUUCAGUGCCCUGAUUGGUCCUGAGGCUGAACAGGAAAAGCGAGAUAAAAUGGCCUCACCAGCUUAUACACCACUGACUACCACGGCCAAAGUCCGGCCAAGGAAACUGGGAUUUUCACAUUUUGGAAACAUAAGAAAAAAGAAGUUUGAUGAAUCCACAGAUUACAUUUGCCCAAUGGAAUCUAAUGAUGCUAUCAGUGAUAGUCACCGGGUCUACAGUGGCUGCCGAGGCCUCAGCCCCCUUGAUGCUCCUGAACUGGAUGAGUUGGACCAGGUGGGACAGAUGGCGCCUUCCGAAGGCACUGUGACACAGAUAGGGCUCCUCUCCCAAGACAUUCAUCGCCUUACGACUCUUUUGAGCCAGGACCAGCUGCUGAAUGACUCUUGCCUGGCUGCCCCCAACUCUGAUGACUGGAGAUGACAUUCUUCAUGGCCAAGAGCCCAGAGAGGCACAUGUGGGGCCCUAAGUCUUUGCCUCAAUGGGGAGCUGGCACAUAGCCAUCUGUACUAUGCAGAUGGAGCUGGUGGGACAUCUCAGAUGUGGGUGCUGACAAGCAAAGCAGAAUGGUGGGACAGGUGUCCAGGAGGUGGCCCCCAUGUUCCUAAGUGUUUUCAACUGUGCUGUGUUCUUUACUGAAGCCUUUCUAUCUUUUGUACUUUUAUACAUGGACUACAGACCACUUUGUGGGGAGUGCAAUGAGAUAUCAGUGCAUGGACUCAAUGGCUCAUGCUGUUCCUGGUGACAGCUGGGAGGCUCUUACACCAAAGGGGAAGAACUGUUAGUCAUAAAUCCUCUGCUGGAAAAAAAAAAAGAAAGGAAAGGAAAAAAAGUGUUCUGAAUGUUCUAUAGUGAUUGAGUGGGGUGAAAGGACUAUGGGAGUUCUCUCUGGGCUGCUUCACAGGAGCAUCUUUUCCAUUCACAGAAAUCUGGCUGAGGAGGGUAUUCAGGGCAAGAGCUGUGGGACUUCUCUCCUGCUGCCCUGGCUGCCCUCCAUCCUCACCCAUAUUCAGUAGGGAUCUUCUGGGCCUCCCAGUGUCUGCACAGAGGAGUCCCCAACACACACACACACACACACACACACACACACACACACACUCCCUCAUCUCAUCCUGACACAGAGUGUACCAAUCUCUGAGGCCUUUCCCUCAUUGUCCUCAAGCGGAAUGUCUGCUUAAAUAGCUCCCCCCAGUGGAAAGCUUCUGCACACCCUAAACUCAUUUCUACUGGAACUCAUCAUCUUCCCAAACAAGCUGUGCCCUUUCUAAUGUGUCCCAUUUCAGAGAGCUGCCA